AUGAAAAAGGAGAAGAAAGAUAGGGAGAGGCAGGAAAGAGAGAUGGGGGAGAAGACGGGACAGGAGGAGGAGGAGAGGAAUCAGACAGCGGGGGAGAAGACGGGACAGGAGGAGGAGGAGAGGAAGCAGACAGAGGAGGGGGAUGUCAAUCAUAGGACGGAGAAAGAAGAGGUGGUUAAGAAGAGAAAGAUGAUGGAAAAGGAGACAGAGGCGGAGAGGAAGCAGAAGGCGGAGAGAAAGAGAGCGAAGGAGAGUAGAAGGAAGCAGAGGAGAAGGGCAGAGGAAGAGGCGGAGGUAGAAAGAAAGAAGGAAGUAAGAAGGAAGAGGCUAGAAAGAAAGGAGCGGGAAAAGGAGAGGAAAGAAGCAAGGAAAGAGGGUAAUCAGGAGAGGAGUGAUGUGAAUGACGAGGGGCAAAUGAGCGAGGAUUGGGACAACCAUGAAGAUAGCGCGGAAGAAUGGAAACCAACGAAGGCGGAAAAGAAAGAAUAUAUAGAGGAGCUAGAAGAGGACAGGAAUGAAUCGGAAGAGCUAGAAGAUGAUGAUGAUGACGGUCAGAUGGAGGUCCAGGACGUUGUGGAACGUCCGGCAGAGGGCACGCGGGUAAGACAAAGUGAUAGUUUGUAG